AUGUUUGAAUUUGUAGAAACAAACAAAAUUUUAGUACAAGAACAAGCAAAUACUUCUAUUAUGCAAUCUCAUCCACAAGCAUAUUAUACAAGUCGCAAAUUUACUGAAAUUUUAGCUCAAGAAAAAUCUGAAAUCGUAGUUCAGGAAAAGUCUGAAAUCUUAGCUCAGGAAAAGUCUGAGUGUUUUGAAUGUAUAAUUGAAAAUAAAUGAUCUUGUUACUUAUAGAAUUAUUUAUAUUAUUUAAAUUACAAUUAUUGCAAUAAAAUAAAUAUUAUUAAGUACAA